AUGUCCGACUUGAACAUUCUCAUUGUCGGGGGAGGAGGUCGCGAACACGCACUCGCGUGGCGACUCGAAAGGUCACCUCGGGUCCGUAAAAUUUUUAUCGCUCCGGGAAAUGGAGGUACCCAAACCCAGAAAACAACGAAUAUCUCCAUUGGAGCGGGUGAUUUCGAGGGACUGAAGAAGUUUGCUUUGGAAAACGAUGUGAACCUCGUUUUGCCAGGCCCAGAACAACCGUUAGUCGAUGGGAUUGAAACCGUCUUUAGGAAGGCCGGAAUACCAGUAUUUGGUCCAUCUCAACAGGCGGCUCAAAUGGAGGGCUCCAAAGCCUUCUCCAAAGACUUUAUGUGCCGACAUAACAUUCCGACUGCAGCAUAUCGGACAUUCAAGUCCUCCCGGUUUGACGAAGCUCUCGCAUACGCCAAGACCUGUGGAUUUAAGGUAGUUCUCAAAGCAAGUGGGCUUGCCGCCGGAAAGGGAGUUCUCUUGCCUCAAACAGACGCUGAAAUCGAAGCUGGGUUGAGAGAGAUUAUGUUGGAUCAGGCUUUCGGAAGCGCUGGAGACGAAGUGGUAAUUGAAGAGUGCCUUACUGGGCCCGAAAUAUCUGUUCUCGCUUUCUCAGAUGGGUACACCAUUAUUCCUCUUCCUGCUGCUCAGGACCAUAAGAGGAUUGGAGAGGGCGACACGGGCCCAAACACAGGAGGAAUGGGAGCAUAUGCCCCCGCCCCAGUGGCGACGCCUGAUGUCAUGUCAUUGAUUAUGAAGGAGACGUUGCAGCCUACGAUUGAUGGAAUGCGUAGAGAUGGUUUCCCAUUCGUUGGGAUGCUUUUUACUGGGUUCAUACUCACGUCCUCUGGUCCCAAGGUCCUCGAGUACAACGUCCGUUUCGGCGAUCCUGAGACUGAAGCUUUAAUGUUACUCCUCUCGGAUGACACUGACCUUGCCGAGGUGUUGUUGGCGUGCGUCGAACACCGAUUGGAUAGCGUAAAGAUUUCUGCACGCCCUGGAGUUGCUGUCUCUGUGAUCUUGGCUUCUAAGGGAUACCCUGGCAGCUAUCCCAAGGGCAGGGCCAUUACCACAGGAUCGGUCCCAGAGAACACUGUUAUAUUCCAUGCUGGGACAUCCAAAAAAGACUCCCAAGUUGUGACUUCUGGUGGACGAGUAAUCGCAGUCGCUGCCUACGGCGAGACCAUCCGCGACGCAUUAGACAAAGCGUACAAAGGAGUGGAUGCAGUUGAGUUUGAAGGCAAAACUUUCAGGCGAGAUAUAGCGCACAGGGCGCUGGCUCCACAAAACGGGUCCGGUCUCACAUACGCCCAAGCUGGUGUUUCAGUCGAUGCAGGAAACGCGCUUGUUGAAGCCAUCAAGCCUUAUACUCGUCAAACUCGCCGGGCGGGUGCCGAUGGUUCGCUCGGUGGAUUUGGAGGCGUAUUUGACUUGAAAGCUGCUGGGUUUGGCGGGAUGCGCGACCCUGUGUUAGUUAGUGGAACUGAUGGCGUUGGUACCAAGUUGAGAAUCGCCCUCGACUCUGGAGUACACGAUACCGUUGGAAUUGAUCUUGUCGCGAUGUCGGUCAACGACCUUGUGGUCCAAGGAGCCGAACCUCUCUACUUCCUAGAUUACUAUGGGUGCAGCAAAUUGGAUGUUCCCGUAGCUGCACAAGUGAUCAAAGGCAUCGCCGACGGUUGCUUGGAGGCCGGAUGUGCACUCAUCGGAGGCGAGACUGCUGAAAUGCCGGGCAUGUAUCAUGAAGGCAAGCGCUUCCUCCUGUAUCUCGGGGACUAUGAUCUCGCUGGAUUUGCUGUCGGAGUAGUUGACCGACACUUACUUCUCCCCAAGCCAAAUAUUGCUCCUGGAGAUGUCAUUCUCGGCCUUGCUUCAUCAGGCAUUCACUCCAACGGUUUCUCUCUUGUUCGCAAAAUCAUCGCCCGCGCCGGCCUGAGCUAUUCUUCUCCCUGCCCAUGGGACUUUUCGAAAAACCUUGGAUCUUCGCUCCUGACACCUACCAAAAUAUACAUCAAACCAUUGCUCCCUGCCGUUCGGGCUUCUGCUCUGAAAGGGUUGGCGCAUAUAACCGGCGGAGGCUUUGUCGAAAAUAUCCCACGAGUUUUGCCAAAGGGUACCGCUGCGCGUAUCGACGUGUCGACAUAUCCUUACCCCCCGGUUUUCCGGUGGCUCGCGAAGAAGGGGGCGUGGAGCCGCUCGAGAUGGCGCGGACAUUCAACUGCGGGAUCGGUAUGGUUAUCAUAG